UGGGCAUUUCCUUUCGGAUCAGGUUUCGUUGUCAGACAGGCAUUUAAAUCUGCUGCAGUAACGAUGCCGGGGAAACCAGUGACCGCACAACAUUCUACGCAGCAGUAGGAAUAGUGCUUUAUUAUAGCUAUAUUGUUGUUUCUUCAUUUGACUCGAGAAAGGUCUAUUAUUUAGGACAGUAUUUUGAAGCUUCAACCGCGUCAGUAUUCAAAUGUAAGACGAGAUCACAAUUUGACAGCUAAGCUUGAUACGUGCAUAAUUUCUGAAAUUCCUCUACAGCGUGAAUGAAAAUCGUGCAUUAUAGCUGUGAUAUGAAAAUGUGCAUGUAGAAAUGAUUUAGCAUCGCUGGUAUGUGUCUAGUUAAUUAGCUGGCUUAUAGUCGUCUGAAUGCAUCUGUGUCUCGUGUUUGGCUUGUAAGGACUUGGGGAACGAACGCUUCCAUUGAAGGAUGUGUCUGCAUAUAGUUUGAUUGAAAGGAAAAACAUCCCAUCUACUAAAUCAAUGACAAAGAGAUCCUCCGAAUUAUUUGAAUAGAAGACUAGAAUAGAAAUAGAAAAAUCACCAAUAGAGAUCUCUAUAGAGUAUAAGGUUGUCCAUUAUCGAAUUGCAUCAUGUUCAGCUGGUUGGGUACCGAUGACAGGAGGAAGAAGGAUCCUGAGGUCUUUCAGACAGUCAGCGAUGGCCUCAAGAAGCUCUACAAAACCAAAUUGUUGCCAUUGGAGGAACACUACAAAUUCCACGAGUUCCACUCGCCCGCCUUAGAGGAUGCCGACUUUGACAACAAACCCAUGGUUCUCCUUGUGGGGCAGUAUUCCACUGGAAAGACCAGCUUCAUACGAUACCUGUUGGAGCAGGAUUUCCCUGGAAUGCGGAUCGGGCCAGAGCCAACCACAGACUCCUUCAUUGCAGUGAUGCAUGGAGACACGGAGGGGCUGAUCCCUGGCAAUGCCCUGGUGGUCGACCCCAAGAAACCCUUCAGGAAGCUCAACGCCUUCGGAAACGCCUUUCUCAACAGGUUUGUGUGUGCCCAGCUGCCCAACCCUGUUCUGGAGAGCAUCAGUGUGAUUGAUACUCCUGGUAUCCUGUCUGGAGAGAAGCAGAGGAUCAGCAGAGGCUACGACUUCGCCGCCGUGCUGGAGUGGUUUGCAGAGCGCGUGGACCGAAUCAUCCUCCUCUUCGACGCCCACAAGCUGGACAUCUCAGACGAGUUCUCGGAGGUCAUUAAGGCCCUGAAGAAUCACGAAGACAAGAUCCGGGUGGUUCUUAACAAGGCUGACCAGAUCGAGACGCAGCAGCUUAUGAGGGUCUAUGGCGCCCUCAUGUGGUCGCUGGGGAAGAUCGUCAACACACCCGAGGUGAUUCGUGUAUAUAUAGGGUCAUUCUGGUCGCACCCACUGCUCAUCCCUGACAACCGUAAGCUGUUUGAGGCGGAGGAGCAGGACCUGUUCAAGGACAUCCAGUCACUGCCCCGCAACGCUGCCCUCAGGAAGCUCAAUGACCUCAUCAAGAGGGCACGACUCGCCAAGGUCCAUGCCUAUAUCAUCAGCUCUCUGAAAAAGGAGAUGCCCAGUGUGUUUGGGAAGGAGGGCAAGAAGAAAGAGCUGAUUAACAGUCUGGGAGAGAUCUACAGCCGCAUUGAGAGAGAACACCAGAUCUCCCCUGGAGACUUCCCCAACCUCAAGAAGAUGCAGGAGCAACUGAAUGCCCACGACCUGAACAAGUUCCAGCCCUUGAAGCUAAAGCUACUGGACUCGGUGGACGACAUGCUGGCCCACGACAUUGCCGGUCUCAUGGUGCUGGUCAGACAGGAGGAGACCAACCGACCCCAGCAGGUGGUGAAGGGAGGGGCCUUCGACGGGACCCUCAACGGGCCCUUUGGCCAUGGCUAUGGCGAGGGCGCCGGGGAGGGUAUCGAUGAGGCAGAGUGGGUGGUUGCCCGCGACAAGCCCAUGUACGAUGAGAUCUUCUACACGCUGUCGCCGGUCAACGGGAAGGUGACUGGCGCCAACGCCAAGAAAGAGAUGGUGAAGUCCAAGCUUCCCAACACGGUGCUGGGGAAGAUCUGGAAGCUGGCUGACAUAGAUAAGGAUGGGAUGCUGGAUGACGAGGAGUUUGCCCUGGCCAAUCACCUGAUCAAAGUCAAACUGGAGGGGCACGAGCUACCCGCCGACCUCCCCAGUCAUCUCAUCCCCCCUUCCAAGAGGAAAAUCACUGCUGAGUAGACUCACCCCCCCCUGCACGCUCGCCUCCUCAGGGCACUGAACAAGAGAGGGAGUGGGUAAGAGGGAAGAAGAGAGGGAGUGGGUAAGAGGAAGGACAGUGAGGGAUUUAUGGGGGGUGUGGGGGUAAAUUCAUCAAGGUUGGACAACCACGCUUCCACAAGAAACAAAGUAAAGCAGAAACUUUGUGUUUAUGCUUAGUGGGAGCAAAGGGAUUGGUUUGCUCUUCUGGUAGAUGGCAGAUUGUUUUAAUUUUUAAUUUUGAACUGGGUUGAAGGGGGUAAAGGUCAUGGUUCAAAAUUCAGAGUCGGGGGAACUGAUAUUGGACGCUGCACCACCCACAUGCCCUAUUGUUAUACACCACUGAGAGUGUGCUAUUUGUGACACAAUAACCUGCAUUAUCAUUGGAUACAUGAACACUGUCUGUUUCUCUCUAGCAUAAAUGAUUUGUAUUUCAUUUGUAUUUUAUUUGAGCCUGUUUUGUAGUCUGCUUCAUAUCUCUCCAGAAAAUGGGCAUGUUUCAAAGGAUAAACUAAUAUCAAUACUAAAUCUUAAUAAUCCUUCUAGUUAUCACUUUAAAAUACAAUAACGGUCAAAUGUAGUGACAGGAAUCCUUUUUAUAAGUAGGUAGUGUAGACAUAUGAUAUUUUCUUCUUGUGAACAGGCAGCAUCCUAACACAUGCAGGCCAUUCAUAGCCUGACCAAGAGACUGUUACAACUGUAUAGCUGUGAUAUCGGAAAUCUAAGAGUUGGUAGACCUUUAAAUGUAUAGUGUUUGACAUUGCCUUCUAGUAACAAGUAUCCUUGUCAAAUGUCUGUAUGUUAAUACCUAUUUAAUCUAUUAUUUAGCAUACUUAUGUAAUUCUAAUCACUGUUGAGAGAGAGACUUCAAUCUUUCUAUAGAUAAGGAGGUGAACUGACAAUGGAGAUGAUGUCACACGGGACCAGUUGGUACCAGAUGAUACCAACUGGUCCCGUGUGGCUCAGUUGGUAGAGCAUGGCGCUUGCAACGCCAGGGUUGUGGGUUCAUUCCCCACGGGGGGACCAGGAUGAAUAUGUAUGAACUUUCCAAUUUGUAAGUCGCUCUGGAUAAGAGCGUCUGCUAAAUGACUUAAAUGUAAAAUGUUUAUGUCCUGUUCUGGCGUUUCCAAUGGGACAUAGUAUACAUACAAAUAUUCCCUUGUUCAUCUGUGUUCACUGGAUGCAUAACCCAUUAAAAAGCAAACGUUUCAAAUCACUACUCGCAUCCAAUUAUCUUAGAUUGCUUCCCUCAAUAAAUGGCACAAAACAAUACUAUAGUUAUGGUCUUGCUAUACUCUGACGUUCAAUAUUCUAUCUGCAUACAGUGUAUAUCUAUCAUAGAGACUGUUCUACGCUCUAUAUUCUAUGAUAUCCAGUGUUGUAGUUGAGACCACUUCUGGAUAUUAUCCACCAUAAAUAUUAUGAAGUCAUAAUCCAAA